AUGGCCUUCUCGAUGUCCCGACGCCUUGUCCACAGCUCGUCGCGGCCUCUCAGACAACUCGCGUCCCCCCGACAUCGUGCUUGGAUUGGAGUCCAAGGGCCAGGUUCGCUGGAUCUGAGGAGCGAUGUCAUGACGACGCCGACGCCGUCCAUGUUGGCUGCCAUCCAGGCCUGCUCGCUGCUCGACGACGUCCACCGUGAAGACCCCACCACGACCCAUCUGGAAGCCCAUGUCGCUACUCUGUCAGGAAAGGAGGCCGGCUUAUUUGUUCUCUCUGGAACAAUGGGGAACCAGCUCGCCCUGAGGAGUCUCCUCGUCCAACCGCCUCACGCCGUCUUGUGCGACCACCGCUCGCACAUAAUCCAAUAUGAAGCUGGCGGCGUCUCAUCCUUGACGGGGGCUUCAGUCCAGCCCGUUGUUCCCAAUAAUGGUACUCACCUGACGCUCGAGGACGUGGUGGCCCAUGCCGUGCUCAGCGACGACGUUCACGCGUGCCCUACACGAGUAAUUAGCUUGGAAAACACCCUGAGCGGCAUGGUCAUGCCGCUCAGCGAGGUGCGGCGCAUCUCCGGCUUCGCGAGGCAGCACGGCAUCAGGAUGCAUUGCGAUGGGGCGCGGCUGUGGGAGGCAGUUGCCGCGGGCGCAGGAACCCUGCCCGAGUUUUGCUCCCACUUCGACACCGUCAGCCUCUGCUUUUCCAAAGGCCUCGGCGCCCCAGUGGGAAGUAUGCUCGUCGGGCCGCAAGAGACGCUGAAGCAUUCUCGGUGGGUGCGCAAGUCGCUGGGCGGCGGGAUGCGCCAGCCGGGCAUGAUUACGGCGGCCGCGAGGGUGGCCGUCGACGAGACUUUUGGCAAGACGCCCGACGGCAGGGAUGGCCUGCUCAAAGCCUCGCACGAGAUGGCCAACAAGGUAGAGGCACUGUGGACCGGCAUGGGCGGCACCGUCGUCCACCCAGUCCACACCAACAUGUGCUGGCUGGACCUCGGGGCUGCGCGCUGCAGCGAGCACCGCUUCAUCCGCCUCGGGGCCGACGCGGGUCUCAAGUUUUCCGGCGGGCGGCUGGUGACGCAUUAUCAGGUUGCGCAAAACGGCGACGAGGUCCUGAGGCGUCUCCAGCAGGUCUUCGAGAGGGUGUUUGGUGAGCCCGAGAGAUAG